AUGUCGCCCAUGACGAUUCCCGACGGUGGCCUCCACCUGGAGAGCUCCGAGUCGAGCGACUCUCUCCCAAUGCAAGCAUUUGGCGUCACUCUCAACGAUAGUUUGAUUGAGGAUUUGAUCAACUGCGUCCAGAAGGGAACCCAGAUUGAGCUGUUCCUGGGUAGCAAUCCCACCCUACAAUAUGGAGAGUACGAGGAGCCACUCAAGCCUACUGCCGAGUCACUGGACUGCGACCUUUACCUCACAAACUUGAAUGAAUCGAAGACUACGGCACACAGAUUCCCAUUACCGACCAUGUCGAUACUGAAGAGACCAGCUCCAGGGAGCCUCAAACCUCACAUUAGGGUAGAGAAAGUUCCCGUCACCAAAGGUGGUAAGGGAUCCAAGUCAAAGGCGCUUCAAGGCAAAUCCGCCAUGUCCAUGGCUCUUUCAUCCAGCACUACGAGAUCGCUACCUACCAGUCCUGCUCUGACUGGUGUUGGCUCGCCCAUGCACAACCCUGCAUUUGCAGCCUCGCAACAACAGCUCGAGAAGAACAAGGAGCAGCGCAGCGUCGUCGUGCACGAACUGGCCGUCGGUGAUCAAGCCUACGACUAUCUAAAAGAGAAGUGGACAGGGGCAGAAGCUGAUCUGAAGAGCACCUUGGGCAAGGUGGCAGAUAAAAUCGGCGAAAAGUACAGCAUGAAGAAGAUCUAUUGGAAAGAACUUGACGUGUGGAAUUACAAGUAUGAGCCCUCGGAAAAUCGACAAAAAGCCAUCGAAAACGCCAAGAAGCAGUAUGACAAGCAACGGCUGGAGACUACACAUGAGGCAUGGGAGCGUCUCCUCGAGGAAAAGGACAGAGGCAAGGGUAUCAUCUUGAGCAAGCUGCAAGCUCAGAUCGCUGCCAAGGGCAACAUGACUCCGGCAGUUAAGCAGUCCAAGGCUGAGGAGUCCAGCAGCAAAAACUCGAGUGAUGAGGGAGCCAAGAGCAAGGCAGGUGGCGAAGCAAUGGCGAGGUCCAACUCGCAACCAGUAGGCUCAAAGUCCAAGAAGGUUAGCGAGCGAGAGAGCUUGACAAAGAGCUUGCUCUCAAACAAGCCAACGGUGAAGAAGCCGGCCACUACGACAAAGAAGGCAGCACCUACGAGCAGAGCCUCAAAAGGUGCAGAAAAGGGAGGAAAGAAGUUCUUGUCUGAGGAGUUCGUGCAGGACUCGAGUAGCGAAGAUGAAGCACCGCUCGCUACCACGACUGCUACAUCCAAGCCGAAGCCCAUGGAGAAGCCUGUGGAAAGAAAACCUGAACGGGCCGUUGAGAAGCCCAAAGAGAAGCCACAGCCGCCGCCGGUCAAGAGCAAGGAGCGAUCGCCUCCCCCAGUCACAAAGGUCAAGGAACGAUCCCCAGCACCUGUCCCCAAGCCAAAGCCUGCCAAGUCGGUCAUUCGAGCACCACGGCCUUCAAUCACGACCAGCAAAGCUUCUACUGCUAGCUCGACCUCAAAGCGGCCACGUGACGAAGAUGACAGCAGCUCGAGCUCUGGUGCACCACUCAUGAAGCGGAUGAAGCCAAAGGAGGCCCCAGCAAAGCCACUCUCCAACACCACGCUGAAGCACAGACCAUCAGACGCAUCCCAAAACUCGCGCGCGACACCCGUGAACGCAUCAUACAAGAGCAAGAAUACUUCGCCGGUCAAGUCAUCGCCUCUUGCCUCGUCACCUCCCACCAAUGCCUCGGACAUUGAUGAAAAUAGCCAGUCGAGUCAGUCACAACAUCACGACCGCGACCGGCACCAGGUUUCAGCACCGGCGGCUCGAGUCAAUGGCCGCAGCACAACAAAUGGCAAUACUCCUAACGGUGUCUCGGUCGCCAAAAAGCGGCCUGCUGAGUCGCAACCAGUCUCGUCGCUGCCUGCUCCAGCGACCAAGAAGCGCGUGACGAAAGACGUCCUGGACAAGGCCCAUAAAUUCGACAAGUUCUACGAGAAAUACAAGUUACUGCACGAUCAGUUGACUCGCUUGGCGAACCCACCAAAAGACCAGGUUAACGACUUGCUUGAUAUGCGUGACAGACUUGUCAUUCUGAAGGCCGAAAUUCGUCGCGAGGUUGACCCUGCCGCCUAG